AUGUCGUCGUCAGAAGACUCCAGCAAGGGCGCCACGCCUCGGCGCUGGAAGAUUCCCAGUCUCUUCAGGCCGGGGCCUAGCAGGGAAUCCUCAAACGAGAAGUCAGGGCCAUCGAAAUGGAGUCUGGGUGUGCUCAACGACAAAGAGACAGUGGAAGUCCCAGGCUCCGUUUUGCUCCUGGCCUCAGACCGCAACGAGCCGCUCGGCCUGCGUAACGUCAACGCCAGAACAUCGCAUUCCUCCAUUCCAAUUGGCUUCCCGCUUGAUGUCCCGACAACGCCCGGGGGGACCAGAAUCAAGCCGGACUCACACCUCCAUCCUGAUCCGCAGCAAUCGGAUCCCGUUGAAGACAAGAAGACAACCAGUGAUGGCAAUAUCAUCCUCGAACCUCAACCUGAAGAGUCAGCGAAUGACCCACUCAACUGGCCUGCCUGGCGACGAGACGUUGCGCUACUGUCUUUGGGCUUCUACUGCAUGAUAGGUGGUGGGAUUACGCCUCUCAUCGCCGCCGGCUUCACCGACGUCGCCCGUGACUACGAUGUUUCUGUCGAAACCGUCUCACUCACAACCGGCCUAUACAUGAUGGGCUUGGGAAUGGGCUCCGUUAUUGCCUCUCCCACAGCCAUUCUGUUCGGAAAACGUCCCGUAUAUCUUGUUAGUGCCAUCGUCUUCAUUGGGACUUGCCUGUGGGCGGCCUGGUCACCCAGCUUCUCGUCCCUGCUAGCCGCCAGAGUCUUCCAGGGCGUCGCGAUCAGCCCGGUCGAGUGUCUGCCGUCUGCCACCAUCGCCGAGAUCUUCUUCCUCCACGAGCGGGCGUACCGAAUUGGCAUUUAUACCCUCCUUCUGCUGGGUGGCAAGAACCUUGUUCCCCUGGUGAGCGCCGCCAUCAUAGGCAGUUUUGGCUGGCGCUGGGUAUUCUGGAUUGUGGCCAUGGUUGUCGGUCUCGGCUUCAUUCUCCUCUUUCUUUUCGUCCCAGAGACGUUCUGGGACAGGACUCCGACGAGAAAGCCGUCAAAACGGCCGAGCUUCUUGCGUCGGCUAUCGUCUCGCCACCAUGCACCAACCACUGCGACUCCGUCUGGUCAUGAGGAUGCUGCCAGGCGGCCUUCAUCUCCGGGAAUAGAAGAGAGGAACACCAACCUCCAUGUCGGCUUUGCGCCUGUAGCAUCCGCCGACCAAAGCCUUCAGCAACCCACUGCCACCGUCGAGACUCCGGCGAUAGCACAUACGUCGGCGCGCCAUGUCGGCUGGGCUGAAGCUAGGGCUGAAGGUGAAGAGCAGGGAAAGCAUGAAGCCACAUCGCCACCAGACAACCAGCAACCCGAAGGCCAUCAUGAAGCUGGGCCUACUGCCAACUCCCCACCCACAAUGUCGGCAGCAAACAUUCCCACAAUACAGCUCCCGGAACAUGAAAUAUCGGUUUUAGACAGCAUUGACAGCCCAAGGCAUACACUGUCACCGACAGCCAGCAUUCGACGUACUUCCCACCUUCAGCACGAAAGUUCGCCAUAUUCCCACUCCGCCACUGGGAGUGAAGCAAAUGUCGGUUAUUCUGCACAUGGGCCGAACCUCGACCCAGAAAACAUACCGGCGUCCAAGCUCAGGGCGCCACUGAAGGUGCAGGAAUACACGCAUAAUCUGCGCCAGCUUCCGCCUCAAACCUUCACCCAGCAGCUUAAACCGUAUCACGGGCGUCUCAACAAUGACAAUUGGUUCAAGGUCAUGGUCCGCCCCUUCGUUCUAUUCGCCUAUCCCGCCGUUCUUUGGUCUGCGGCUGUUUACGCAUGCUCCAUUGGCUGGCUGAUCGUCAUCUCCGAGACUAUGGCUAUCAUCUAUCGCGACCCUACAGUCUACAACUUCUCGGCGUUGCAGACGGGCUUGGUCUACGUUUCGCCGUUCGUAGGUGGGAUCCUCGGAACUGGCGUUGCCGGCAAAGUCAGCGACAUUAUCGUGAGAGCCAUGGCGCGCCGCAAUGGUGGCCUCUACGAGCCGGAGUUUCGCCUUAUCAUGGCCGGGCCGAUACUCAUCACCACCGUCAUGGGGCUCAUGGGCUUCGGCUGGUCCGCACAGGAGAAGGAUCACUGGAUCGUACCAACUCUGUUUUUCGGUAUCCUAUCCUUCGGCUGCUCCCUUGGCUCCACGACAUCCAUCACCUAUUGCGUUGACAGCUACCGCCAGUACGCUGGCGAAGCACUCGUGACACUCAAUUUCUCCAAGAACGUCUUGCACGGACUUGUGUUCAGCUUGUUCGUGGCGCAUUGGAUGGCCGAAGACGGACCUAAGAUGGUUUUCAUUUGGCUCGGUGUCAUACAGUUGAUACUCCAGCUAUUUACGAUCCCGCUAUACAUCUACGGCAAGAGAGCACGCAUGUGGACGGUAAGGCAGAAUUUUAUGGAGAAGCUGUGA